GUUGUAUAUUCUAGUUGUAAGUCCUUCUAGUUCUUCUAUGUGAGCCACUGCCACAGCAUGGCAACUGACAGACGAGUGGUGUGGUUCCCAACCCAGGUGCCACACCCCGGGCCGCUGAAGCGGAGCACACCAAACUUGAACCUCUAGGCCAUCUGGGCUGGCUCAGCUGACACCUCUUAAAAGAAUUUCCAUCCUGAGUAAAUGGUGUAUGGGUGUGGGGUGGAGAAGAAAAGUUAUAGUUAAGAGCAGGCGGCCUUUUCAACAUCCCUGAAAAUAUAACCUGAGCACCACUGUCUGUCCAGGGCUGGAAGUUGGAAAUGGUUGUCCCUGGUGUAUCUGUGUAGAUGCUAGUUCAAUUUUUAAUUACUUAAUUUUCAUUUUCUGCAUGCAGUGAAGAAUUGAAGAUCUCCCCCACCAGACAAAUACCCCCUCUGGAUGAGCAUUUCAGGUUUUAACAUGGGUUGUCUGAUUGGUUCAGUUGACAGGCUGGUGGUCCAGGUUGAAAAGGUUGUGGGCCCUAAUCUUCGCAGAUGCCUUUAUGUAGGUUUAGGAAGACCAGAGAUGAUUGGCCUUCAGUUAAGGGAAGGUGGAAGAUGAUAUAAAUACGUUCUUCUAUUCCUCCUCCUCCUCCCUUCCUUCUUCCACUUUUCUCUAUCAACCACUCUUUGGAGUUAAAAACGAGAGCCAAGAAAAGGAGAGCAACAGACAGAUGAAGUGGUCCCUGACUGCUGCCCUCUGCUCUCAGCCAUAAAAGAAAACUUGGCCCAAGGUCAAUGCUUUGGGUGAAGAUAAGGUAGUGGCUUGGCCUCUUGGUUAGAGACCAGGACUGGGAGAAUAGCUGAGAAAUGGGCCCCACCGCAAACCGGCUGUGGGUCGCCGGGAGCCAGCUCCAGCCUGUUUCUGAAUCCCACUCCAGUAUCACUCCCUUCCCACAGGGGAGGCAGCCUCCCUUCCCUGGACCCUGCUGGGAGGUGGAGGCAGACCUCAGGGGAGGCCGUCAGCGACCCAGAGCCGGGCAACAGGCAGCUCCUGGCGGAAAGUUGGCAGCCACCGGUCCCUUCGCCCGCCUUCCUCCUCCACUCUCCACCCCUCCCCGGGCGAUACGGCGGAGGUGGGGGGUUGGGGGAACUGGCCUUGUGUUUUGGAACAGCUGCAGCCGGCGCUGGGCCCGCCUGGAAUGCGGGAACAGGCUGCGCACCAGGACUUUUAUGGAAACUUGCUGUUGGAGGCGGCGGCGGCGGCGGCGGCGGCAGCAGCCAGAGGGCUCCCAGCGGCUGGAGCGGCGGCCGCAGCGCGCAGACCCCUGCCCACACCCAGGCGCAGGACGCGCACGGCCUCGCCGCGCGCAACCGGGACAGCCGCUUGUCGCUCCUGGCGGGUUAAAUUGCUGCCAUAAGAAAACUCAGAAUACACGUGCAAAAAUAUACAAAGCUUCAUAAUCACCCCAAGACCACAUAGAGCAAACAUGAAUGAUAUUUCCCAAAAAGCUGAGAUUAAAGAAAUGCUUGCUUCUGAUGAUGAAGAGGUAUCUUCUAAAGUAGAAAAGGCCUAUGUCCCAAAGCUAACAGGAACCGUUAAAGGUAAAUUUGCUGAAAUGGAGAAACAAAGACAAGAGGAACAAAGGAAGAGAACGGAGGAGGAACGAAAACGCAGAAUUGAGCAGGAUAUGUUAGAAAAGAGGAAGAUACAACGUGAAUUAGCAAAAAGGGCUGAGCAGAUUGAGGACAUAAACAAUACGGGAACUGAAUCAGCACCAGAGGAAGGAGAUGAUUCACUACUGGUAACAGUGGUACCUAGUAAAUCACACAAAACAUCUGGAAGAAUAAAGAAUUUUGAGGAUCUAGAAAAAGAACGAGAAGAAAAAGAAAGGGUCAGGUAUGAAGAGGAUAAAAGAAUAAAAUAUGAACAACAACGACGAUCUCUCAAGGAAGCAAAAUGUCUUUCACUGGUCAUGGAUGAUGAACUGGAAAGUGAGGCUAAAAAAGAAUCACUUUCUCCUGGAAAAUUGAAACUAACUUUUGAAGAAUUAGAAAGACAAAGACAGGAAAACCGGAGGAAGCAAGCUGAAGAGGAAGCAAGACAACGUUUAGAAGAAGAGAAGCGUGCUUUUGAAGAAGCAAGGCGGCAAAUGGUAAAUGAGGAGGAGGAAAACCAAGACACAGAAAAAAUUUUUAAAGGGAACCGCCCUGGUAAACUCAAACUCAGUUUUGAAGAAAUAGAAAGACAAAGGAGAGAAGAUGAAAAAAGGAAAGCAGCAGCAGAAGCCAGAAGGAGAAGAGAGGAGGAACAGAAGGCAUUUGCUGAAGCAAGGAGAAGCAUGGUAGUAGAUGAUGACUCCCCAGAGAUGUAUAAAACAAUCUCUCAAGAAUCUCUUACACCUGGAAAACUGGAAAUUAAUUUUGAAGAAUUAUUAAAACAAAAAAUGGAAGAAGAAAAACGACGAACAGAGGAGGAACGGAAGCAUAAGCUAGAGAUGGAAAAACAGGAAUUUGAACAACUGAGACAAGAAAUGGGAGAGGAAGAGGAAGAAAAUGAAACCUUUGAACUGAGCAGGGAAUAUGAAGAAUUAAUCAAAUUGAGAAGGAGUGGCUCUAUUCAAGCUAAAAAUCUAAAAAGCAAGUUUGAAAAAAUUGGACAAUUGUCUGAAAAAGAAAUACAGAAAAAGAUAGAAGAAGAACGAGCAAGAAGAAGAGCGAUUGACCUUGAAAUUAAAGAGCGAGAAGCAGAAAACUUUCAUGAGGAAGAAGAUGUUGAUAUGAAGCCUGCAAAAAAAAGUGAGGCUCCAUUUACUCAUAAAGUGAAUAUGAAAGCUAGAUUUGAACGAAUGGCUAAGGCAAGAGAGGAAGAAGAACAAAGAAGAAUUGAACAACAAAAGUUGCUACGCAUGCAAUUUGAGCAAAAGGAAAUUGAUGCGGCACUGCAAAAGAAAAGAGAAGAGGAGGAAGAAGAAGAGGGUAGCAUCAUGAAUGGCACCGCUAUUGAAGAUGAAGAGCAAACCAGAUCAGGAGCUCCAUGGUUCAAGAAGCCUCUAAAAAAUACAUCAGUUGUAGACAGUGAGCCAGUUAGAUUUACUGUUAAAGUAACAGGAGAACCCAAACCAGAAAUUACAUGGUGGUUUGAAGGAGAAAUAUUGCAGGAUGGAGAAGACUAUCAAUAUAUUGAAAGAGGAGAAACUUACUGCCUUUAUUUACCAGAAACUUUCCCAGAAGAUGAAGGAGAGUAUAUGUGUAAAGCGGUCAACAAUAAAGGGUCUGCAGCUAGUACCUGUAUUCUUACCAUUGAAAGUAAGAAUUAAUCACUUUUUUCAUGUAGAACUGUUAUUCUAUUUAAAAUUUUUUUCUUUAAAAAAAAAAUCACUUUUCUUCUUCUCUUUUUUAGCUGACGACUACUAGGGUUCCCUUCCCUCUCUCUGGAAUUUUCUCUCUCUCUCUCUCUCCGACUUUCUUACUACAUCCAUCUUUCUGUGGCGGGGCCAAAAAAAGGAAACCAGAAGUGCCACUAUUUUAUUCCUUUUCAUAACAGUCUUCAAAACACAAGCUCAUCUAAAGAAUACCUUCUUCCUUUCCAAAUGAGCACCUGAUUCAUCGCCAUAUUAUGCAGUAGAAGCUAAUGUGUAUUUAAGGGGGAAAGUGGGAAAUUUACUCAGUUAUUCUAUCAGAACCUAUUACAAAGGCUGUAUAUUUCCCGUAAGUUUAAAGCAGUUAUAUUAAAAAAAUCAUAAAAAGAACACAUUAUUUUGCAUGGAAGAAUGACAUUUAUGAGCUAUUUACACCUAAAAUUAGUCUGAAAUAGCUGAGACUUAAUGAAUUUGGAACCUAUCAAUUUGAGUGGGCUUUUUUCCUUAGUAGUACAUCAUUUUGGUUGUUGUAGUCUCCAAGUCUUUCUGAAGCAGAUAUAUGAGGGUGGAGGGGUGUCAUUCCUUUUAUGGGAAAGAUGGAACAUGGAAGAAAAAACGAAACAAAAUAAAAUCUAAAUAAGACUUUUAAGAAACUGCCAGAGAAAAUUUGAUGGAAACACUGCCUACAGAGAGUUCUGAGUGUUGAGAAUAUUAAACAUGUACUUUUCAAAUAUGUAUAAUAUACAUGCAAGCUUAUAAAGAAAAUUUAUGUUGUGACUUUGCCUGAACAAAUUGUAUUUUAAUGAGAAAACUCUGCAUUAAUAGUUCAUGCAGCAGAAAACACUUUCAACAUAAUCAAAAAUUUCAAGAUCUAAGAGGAUUUAAGAAUCUAAGAGAUUUCAGAAAAAAUGGCAUAAUCUUUAAUUUUAAAUUCUGGUCUUUAAAAUGAGUUUGUAAAUGAUUAGCUACCAUGUUCUAUUAUCAAGUUGUUUUAUAUUUUAAUUUUCUGGAAGACAAUUUUAUUUUACAAUGUAAAUCCAUAAUAAAGUAACUUCUGUAUUAAAAAAAGCCUUUCAGUAUUUAAAAAAACAGACAAAACACUGCCUUAUAA